AAAGAAUAUUUAGUGGUAAAAUUUUAUAUCCAAGUUUCUAAAGAAUCAGAAAAUACUAUAUGAGUCGUUUUAACAUUUUACGUGUCACAUUACUAAAACUUUGAUUUGUCAUCUAUUUUAUGAACGUGGAGUGUUUUAUAUUUAUAAUUUCACUGAAGAAUUGAAUUAAGUGCCUUCGGAAGUUGCCUUAAAACCUUUAACAUAUUGAGCACAAAUAUCACCGAGAAUGGGGUUAGGAGGUUAUUCGAUGUCGGGAAAGAAAUCUUUACUGUGGGCCUAUAUUCUGUGGCUUUUUGGCGGUAUAUUCGGCUUACAUCACUUUUAUCUAAGACGGGAUAGACAUGCUUUUGUUUGGUGGACAACUCUCGGCGGUUUUGGUAUCGGAUGGCUGAGCGAGGUAUUUCGUCUUCCACGUUAUGUCAAAGAUGUAAAUGAAGAUCCUCAACAAAUGCAAGAGGUGAUAAAGAGGAUCCUACACAACAAAAAGCCACCAUUCUCAAUGAAUCGCUUCACUGGAAUGUUAAUGGUGGGCUACUCAUGGGGGCAGAUGAUGAUGUCUGCGGUGCCACCCGAUAACUUUUGGGGCAUCAAUUUAAGAUAUCUCAACUAUCUUAUACCCUUGGUGACAGCUCUUGGUGUGUGGACUGUGGGUAAUAUUGGAAGGGAGCAAGGCUCACUCAAGUGGCCAUUGUUAGCUGCUUAUGCUUCAUAUCCGAUCCGGUUCUACAUUUACGAUGAAACAGUUUGGUUCACUUUGAUGGUUCUAGCAACCGCACUUAGCUUUGAUUCCUUCUCUAAAGAGUGGAGAAGAACCCCGAAGAGACGUAAUCUUCCAACACGUAUUGCUAUAUUGGGAUUGUGCGCAGUAUUAUAUUUGUCCAUGUGGUGUAGCUACUUGUACUUCUAUGGUACAAUUACUGACAGUGAGGGUGAUGAAGUGCCUAUCUAUGAGGCUUUGUAUCACUUCUUUACGAGUCCAUGGUGGUUGGAUGUAAAACAAUGUCUACUCGAUACAUACCAAUAUGCACAACAUCACGGAUGGUAUGAAGUGUGGAAGCAAAUCAUCGAUCUAUCUGAUCCUCACGGUGAACAGAAUGCUUAUAAGGUAUUGGGUCUCGGACCAACGGCAACGCAGCAAGAAAUCACAUCUACUUGGCGGAAAUUGUCUCGCGAAAAUCAUCCAGAUAAAGUAAAAGAUCCAGUACAAAGACGUGCUGCUCAGGAAAAAUUCAUGGAAAUCCAGCAAGCCUAUGAAAUACUUUCCAAUAGUAAACACAGAAGGAACCGUCGUAAUAAGAAAGAUAACUCGGAACCUGUUAAAGAAUAACUUUGAUUGACAUUUUUCUAAUUAAAAUUUAAAUCUAAUUAACAGACUAACAGCUGAAUAUUGAAACGAAUUUUAUUGCUUCUCUAUGUAAAUGCUUGCAAUCUGACAGAUGUCGAAUUUUAAUGUAAUCUAGAGUCAUUCAUUGCAUUAUCAUUUGAGACAUCUAUAAUAAAACUAAAAUCAAAUAACUCAAAAACUACUUGGUUGGGUUUUUUUCAUUUUAGUCUAAACUUACAUAAA